CUCGAGUCGGACAUUUACCGUUUACUGACAGCAUUAACUAGAACGCCUUUCUUCUACAUCAUCAAGUCUAAGACUUUCACUUCAUAAUUUUAUGCCUGCGUAUCAGUCGCCACUUACGGGCGAGAAACGAAAGCUGCCACUCGAUACCUCCAGCAGGAAGAAAGUCGCGAUCGAGAAUACACUCGGAGGUCCCUCGGCGUAUAGCGCAAGCAGUAAUCAUGGAGGAGAGGAGUACUGGAUGAUUCAGUGGAGAUACCCCCAGUACAAGAAACACAAAACCUGGGAUGGGGAUGCCGUUCUGGUUCUCACAGGUAUCAGAGGGUCGAUGUUUGAUUUAGAAGGAAAGAUAAUGGGGGCUGGGUCCUUAAAUGCGCCCAAGGCUGAGGAAAAUGGAGAGUAUAAAUUUGGAGAGAAAGAGAUCAGGAUCGAUCGUCCAAUUCCUCGUGGAGAAUACAUGUCUAGAAAGUGCUAUGGUCGAGGAAGCAUACCAUCUUCUGCAAUGACUGGUAAUAGCUCCGCGACACCCUCUUUGCGUGUCACUCCCUUGCCGUCAACGAAGAUGAAUGUACCUUACAAGACGCCAUUAAAAGCCGUAGACAAAAGGGCUAUUGAUCUUCAUCCUGUCAAUCUUCUAUCCACACGGGACCCCCCCUCCGCAGGCUCUUCGAAAGCAAAUGCGCCAGCUACUUAUUGGACUGCUAACUGGCGGAAGCCGCAGGGCAAGAAGCACAAGACUUGGGAUGGUGAUGCAUUUGUUAGCCAUGUCGGUGACAAGCUCACUGUGAUAUCAGAAAAGGGGAAAAUACUUGGCCGUAAGGAGUGGGACGGACUCGCUCUACACAACGGGUACAGCUUUAGCGCCGGUGGCAAACAAAUUGAGUUAGAUUCACAAGUACUAGCAUCGCGAAUGCCUUCCAUCACUGGAGUGGAAGAUGCAUUGCCGGGACUGGAGGAUGACGUGCCGGUAGUGCUAUCUUCAUCACCCAAGCCUUCAUUUCUGCUUCAGGCGAAGAGCGCUCUCCCUGGCAAAGAGAAUGAUAUUACAACUGCAUCUCCGGGUGCUUCAAAAGCGUUCGUUCCCCCCGCGUCGUUCUAUGGCCAGAAGCCAAUUAAAAAGCCCAAUGCACCAUUGCAUGAUCCCGAAGCAGAGGGAGCAAUCGUCAUGAAAGCAACGACCGCAGAGCACGCUGUGAGGUUUAACAAGAAGAACUUGCCCACCGUCGCAGUUGUCCUAGAUCCCAUCGUUGCAAGACAUCUUCGUCCACAUCAGAUCGAAGGCGUCAAAUUUCUGUAUGAAUGUGUCAUGGGCCUGCGAAGACACGAGGGCCAAGGGUGUAUACUCGCCGACGAGAUGGGCCUGGGGAAAACCCUUCAGACAAUUUCUCUUGUAUGGACACUCCUCAAGCAGAAUCCCUACGUUGGUGCUGGGCCAGUAAUCGGCAAGGCCUUGAUCGUAUGCCCUGUAUCGCUGGUCAAUAAUUGGCGCGCCGAAUUUCACAAGUGGUUGGGGAGAGAUCGUGUCGGUAUUUUCACAGGCGAUAAGGACAAAUCCAUCAUCAAGCAAUUUCUCAACUCACGGCAUCAGGUUUUAGUCAUUGGCUAUGAGAAGCUUCGGACUGUCAUAGACGAUUUGGCAUUUUGCAAUCCUCCGAUUGGCCUGGUUGUUUGUGACGAAGGACACAGACUGAAGUCAUCAAACAAUAAGACCUCGACAAUGUUUAAAUCAUUACGUACUGCCCGAAGAAUCAUUCUGUCUGGUACUCCUAUUCAGAAUGAUUUGAGUGAAUUCCAUGCCAUGGCGAGCUUUUGUAACCCAGGGCUGCUCGAUGAUUACGCUACAUUCCGUAGAGUUUACGAAGUUCCUAUCCUCAAAAGUAGAGCACCAGAUUGCACGGAUAAGGAACUUGAGCUUGGCGAGGCUCAGUCAGUUCAGUUGUCUUUGAUCGCGAAAAGUUUCGUAUUGCGACGGGAAGCCAGCAUUCUCAAGAAUUAUCUUCCGCCAAAACACGAAUAUGUCGUGUUUAUCACUCCGACGCAACUGCAAUUGUCCAUAUUCUCGGCUAUUCUUAACCCCGAUAAGCUAGAUAGGCUGAUUGAUGGACCAACCGCAGAGUCCCUUGCUUUAAUCAACGUACUCACAAAAGUCAGCAAUAGUCCCGUGUUGCUCAAGGCUCAAGCAGAUAAGGCAAGAGCCACGAAAACGGAUGCAAUUCGCCGCCCAGGUAUCGAUGACGCCUUGAGUUUACUACCUAAAGAUCCCCGAAUUGAAGACUUCUCCAUGAGCGGCAAGCUUCUAGCGUUGUCACAUCUCCUCAAAGUCAUCAAAGAGCGCACCCAAGAAAAAUGCAUCAUUGUUUCACAUUAUACAUCAACCCUCAAUUUGAUCGAAGCCUUCUGCAAGAAGAAAUCUUAUACGUACUUCCGACUUGACGGUCAGACACCAGCAGCGAAAAGACAGGAGUAUGUCAACACCUUUAACAAAUCAUCGCAGUACAGCCAUUUUCUAUUCUUGCUGAGUUCAAAGGCGGGCGGCGUUGGGCUCAACCUUAUCGGCGCGUCAAGAUUGUGUCUGAUAGAUUCCGACUGGAACCCGAGUCACGACCUUCAGUCCAUGGCACGCAUUCAUCGUGAUGGACAGAAACGGCCAGUUUUCAUCUAUCGAUUUCUUACUGCAGGAACAAUUGAUGAGAAAAUCUAUCAGAGGCAGGUGACCAAGAUUGGACUUAGCAACUCUCUUAUGGGCUCGGGAUCAUCCGGCUCAAAGUCAGACUCGUUUUCACGGAAAGAUCUUCGGGACAUUUUCCGAGUCCAUCCUGAGACAGGCUGCAAUACCCAUGACCUUUUGGAUUGCGGAUGUGAUGCCGGUUCAAAGCAUUUCGAUGACAUGACAAGUCUCUCCAGGAACGAUAUAGAAGUCGGUGAGGAUGACGACGACGAAGAUCUAGCUGAAACCGGCUUUAUCAAUGCGUCGCAAGUUAAACCUCACCACAUCGAGAAGAUGGAUGGAGCAUACAUGAAGAAAAAACAGGCGGAGCUUGCAUCACUUGGAGAGUGGACACACAUUAAUUGCCUGCGGAGAUUGACGAGCGACGAUAUCCACGAUGCCAUUCUUCGUCAUCUGGUGCUUCCAAGUGUGAGCGAUGAUAAAGAAGACCUUGCGCAGCCGAAAUCAAGGCUUGAAUCACUUUUGUCUGCUGUUGACCUGGACAACAUUACGGCUAUGGAUGAAGCGACACAACCAUUAUCUGUUCGUGAUGUCCCUGGCGGAACCAUUUCGUUCCUUUUCGAGAAGACGUCUGUCUCCACCUUGGAAGAGAAUGACGUGGAAGAGGGCUCAAAGGUUUGAUAACACUUACACCUUUUUCUUGAUACCUACGACUUCCAAAUUGCGCACUCUACAUACGACAAUUUUCUAACGGUCCGAACGAGCUCAGAGUUUAUAACUAGAAAUAACGGCUGUCUUCCUCCUACUGGUCUGCCUACGGGAGACUCAAACGAACUAGACUUGAGUCGUAUACAAAAGAAAUGAUCACUUGCGAGAGCUUGCGGAAGUGAGAUUGUUGAGCGCUAGCACUCAACCGAUC